AUGGAUGAAUUAGAAUACGAAAGUUUAAUCCAGUGGUCAUGUCGACAGUGUUAUUACAAUGGAAUGUUGUCUCAUGCCAGAGAAGCAUGCGAAUCAUAUCCAUCCAACGAUCGUUUGAGAAUACUUCUUGCUUUGGCAUUUCAUUUAACAAAUCAGGAGCGCGAAGCCUUGAAAGAAGUUUCAGGAAUCAUUCUUCAUGGAGAAUUUAGUCUUCCUGCUUUAAUUGUACAGAGUUUGAUUUAUAAAUCCACUGGAAAUGUUGAUAGAACAACUGUUGCUCAAAUUGAUGGAAAAAUACGGGAAGAUCGAAGAAAAGCAUCUCCUUCCGCACUAUCACUAGGAGCAAUGAUUCUUCUAUUGAUUCGAAAGCCAGAAAAGGCAAAAGAAUACGCUGAUCGAGCAUUUAAACAAGAUUCAUCAGAUUCAAAUGUUUUAAUAUCGAAAGGAUGGACGGAUUUAUAUCUUAACGCUCAAAGUACAUUUGGAAGAUCAACAAAUUUCUUUGAAACAGUUCUUAAAUCAAAUAGCAAACAUUUGAAUGCUCUUUUGGGUUGUGCUAAAUUCAAAGAAUAUCACGAGGAUCAUUUAGGAGCAAUUGCAAUUUUAAAUUCUUUAAUUGUUGGAUAUCCAAAAUACAGUUUUCCUCUUGUUGAGAAAAUGUUAAAUCAACUUGCCAUGAAGGAAUGGGAACAAGUUCUCGAGACUGCGAAUCGAAUUCAAUCAAUUGAUAACAAUAGUCUCGAUGCUAUGAAAGCGAAAACUUUUCUUGCACUCUGCCGUGAUGGUGAUUAUACAGAGGGUGUAAAAUAUAUUCAACAAUUAUUCAGAAAUAUGAUGAUAAUUGAGACAAAAAAUGUUGAUCUUUUAAAUGAUAAUAUUCAACUAUUCUCACGAAUCUCCAACAGAGAUAAAGAACUUCUCACGGAACUUUUUCGAAUUACGGAAAAAAUGGCACAUCAAAAUACACAAAGCGGUGAAUUAAUGGUGGAAUUGGGAAAUCUAUGCAUUUUAUUGGGUAAAGUUAAGGAUGCUGAGCGAUGGUAUCAAAAUACAGUUCGAAUCGACGAGUCCUCAUUUGCUGCAUUGACAGGUUUGGCAAAUUGUCAAUUACUUGAUACAUCAUCAACAGCUAAAGAAUUGGCAAGUCAACAAGUCGAUUUUCUAAUGGAAUUACAAUCUCAUUCACCAAGUCCCGAGAUUCUUUUUAUGUCUGCCAAAUUAUCAAAUUUAAAUCCACAAAAAGCUCUAAAAAAUUUAGAUGCGGCUGCAAUUAUUUUAGGAAAAAAUUGCGAAGGACUUCCCUAUGGUUAUGAGUAUUUAAAAAAAUUGAAUUGCGACCUUUGUCUUGAGAUUGUCAACGAACAUUUACUACAUUCCCCAGGCGGUGCUUUAACCGAUUUAGAGAAGAACCCCAACGUGCAUAAUAAAUCAGGCUUAAAUAAUCCCUGUUUGACACUUUUGGAAAAGGUAACGGAAGCAUGUCCCGGUCUUGGAAAUGCUCUACUCCUGUUGGGAAAAAUUAAAAUGCAAAAUGGCGAUUUCGAAGGUGCAUUGACAUCAUUAAAAAAAUUAUUGGACAUUGUCGAACCGACAAAUGCCACGGGGCAUUUAUUAAUGGCACAAAUUUUAGUACAUCGUGGACAAUAUCAAUUGGCAUCACAAACAUUGGAAGUUGGUUUGAGUUAUAAUUUUAAAGUGCGAGAUAAUCCAAAUUAUCACAUGAUUCUUGGUUUGGUGGCAAAAGAAAAUGGUGAUCUUUUGGGUUGUAUUCAAAAUUUUCGUACAGCAAUGAAUUUUGUUGAAAUGAAAUCAGAUAAGAGUGUUGUUCAAAUUUCGAUAUCGGAUAAAGCAACAUUGUAUACCGAAUUGAUUUUUGCUUAUAUAAAAAUGAGAAAUUUUCGUGAGGCUUUAUUAUUGAUUGAAGAGGCCGAAUUGAAGCUGAAAGAUACUGCCGAGGAGGGUAGACUUAUAAUAGCAAAAGCUGAGCUUAAUUUAGAAAUGGGAGAUAUUGACAAGGCAUUACAUUUACUAGCAAAGGUUUUGCCUGGCGAAACGUAUUAUUUGCAAGCCCAUAUUAAAUUAGCGGAAAUUUAUUUGAAACAAAGGAAAGAUCGCGAUGCAUUUGCAAAAUGUUUUAGAGACUUGGUGGAAAAUUGUCCUGGUUCUGAAACGUAUAGCAUGCUUGGUGAUGCUUAUAUUGCAAUUCAAGAACCCGAGAGAGCAAUUGAAGCUUAUGAACAAUCAUUGAGAAAUAAUGCCGGUGAUAAAAAUUUAGCACGCAAAAUGGGAAAAGCACUGGUGAAAACUCAUCAAUAUGAAAAAGCUAUCGAAUACUAUGAGAGAAUUAUAAAACAAAAAGAAUUUGGUGAUUUGAAACUUGACAUGGCUGAGCUUUUUAUGAAAUUGAAGAUGUACGAGAAAGCAGAAACGAGACUUUUACAGGAAUUACGAAUUGGUUCCUCGGGUACGGAUCCCCAAGACCUGGAGAUUCGAGGAAAACAAUUACUUUUGUUGGCAAAAGUUCGUGAAAGGAGUGGGAACAUAAAAGGAGCACUCUCCACACUAAAGGAUGCGAAAGACAAUCAAAAUAAAUACGCUUUGCGAGCUGCUACGUCAAGCGAUACGGCAAUUCGCAAACAAACUUUAACUCAGAUUUGUUUAUACAUUGCUGAUCAUGCAACUAGUUUGAGGGAAUUUGAUCAGGCGAUUGAUUAUUACAAGGAAGCUUUGAGUUACAAACCUAAUGAUAUUACUGCUCUUUUGUCGCUUGCAAAACUUUAUAUGCAAGUAAAUAAUCUGGACAAGUGCGAACAAACUUGUAUGACUCUUUUAAAGGCUGAUUCUAACAAUGAAGCGGCUUCAGUCAUGAUGGCUGAUUUAGCUUUUCGAAAAGUGGAUUUUGAAACAGCUGCGGUUUACUUUCGUCAACUUCUUCUUCAAAGACAAACUUAUUGGACAGCUUUGGCAAGAUUAAUUGAAGUUUCAAGAAGAACAGGCAAUAUGGACGAUCUAGAAGAAUGGGUCUCGCGAGCGGAAAAAUCAAUGGAUCCUCUAAAGCAGGAAGCUGGCUAUUAUUAUUGCAACGGCUUAUUAAAUUGGCGAAUUGGUAAAUUAAAUUCAGCUCUACGAAAUUUUAAUGCAGCUCGUCGUGAUCCAGAAUGGGGUCAGCAGGCGAUUUAUAAUAUGAUUGAGAUUUGUCUCGAUCCAGAUGACGAUUCACCCCUUUUAAAUGAAGCAUUCUAUGACGAAGAUGAAGAAUACGAGGAUGCAAGAACAAUGGCUUUAAAAACAGCACAACGUUUAUUGAAAGAACUUUUUCCCACUGGCAGUCCACACGAAUCAUUAACUCAUCGACUUUUGGGCAAUUUUUUCCUACUCGCUACCAAACAAAAAUACAAUAUCGAAAAAGCUCUGCACGAUUGUACAUCGAUGGCUAGCGAUGAAUCAUUACGCGAUCAUGUUGGUCCGGCUUUAGGUUUGGCAAUGGCUCAUAUUCUUUUGAAACAAACGCCACGUGCGAGAAAUCAUUUGAAACGUGUUAGCAAGAAUGUGUGGACUUUUGAAGACGCUGAAUAUUUGGAACGUUGUUGGUUAUUGUUGGCUGAUAUUUAUGUGCAAUCAAAUAAAUAUGAUUUGGCGAAAGAAUUGCUGAAACGUGCUUUACAACAUAAUGCCACUUGUGUUAGAGCUCAUGAAUUAUCGGGUUUUAUUGCGGAGAAAGAACAAAAUUAUCGUGAAGCUGCAGCACGUUAUGGACAGGCCUGGAAAUAUGGAGGAAAAUCGAAACUCUCAAUGGGAUGUAAAUUGGCGUAUUGCAAUUUGAAAAGUAAAGCAUAUGCUGAUGCAGUUGAUGCUUGUAAUGAGGUGCUAAAACAAAGUCCAGAUUAUCCAAGAAUUAAAAAGGAUAUUUUGGAGAAGGCAAUAAAUAAUCUUCGGACGUAAUUUGAUUUAAGAUCUAUAUAAUUUUAAGUCCGUUCAUAUUAUCCGUCCAUAAAAAUUAUUCUAAAUAAACAUAUAUCAUAGAAA